CUCUGCCCCUCUGGGUCCCUUCCAGGCUCCUCCGCGCACUCCCUCAAGUAUUUCUUCACCUCCAUGUCGGACCCCAGUCAGGGGCUGCCCCACUUUGUCAUUCCGGGGUACGUGGACGAUCAAGUCUUCGUUUACUACAACAGCAACACCAGGAAGAUCCGGCCUCGAGUCUCCUGGAUGGAGGAGGUGGGGAAGGAAGACCCCCAGUAUUGGGAAACUCAGACCCAGAGAGCGCGUGGCAGUGAGGAGGUGUUCAGAGCAAACCUGGAGAUUGCAAGGAUUCGCUACAAUCAGAGCGAAGGCCUUCACACCUGCCAGGGCAUGUACGGCUGUGAGCUCCGGGGAGACGGGAGCAAAGGAGGGUUUAUGCGCUUUGGCUACGACGGGAGGACUUUCAUCACCUUCGACAAGGAGACCCUCACCUGGGUGGCUCCUGAGCCCCAGGCCCAGAUCACCAAGAGGAAGUGGGAUGCUGAUUCAGGCUUCAAUCAGGGAACGAAGGCCUACUUGGAGGAGGAAUGCAUUGAGUGGCUGAAGAAGUACCUGUCCUACGGGAAGGAGACGCUGCUGAGGACAGAGGCCCCAGUGGUGACGGUGAGCAGCAAGACGGAGGCCGACGAUGGGAUGGAAACUCAUGUCUGCCGCGUGGAUGGCUUCUACCCCAAGGAGAUCGAGGCCUCCUGGAGGAGGGAUGGGGAGGAAUGGCUGCAGGACACCUUCCGUGGGUUUGUGGCCCCCAAUGCAGAUGGGACCUACCACUACUGGCUCAGCAUCCGGAUUGAUCCCCAAAAGAGGGACCGCUAUCGGGGCCAGGUGGAGCAGGACAGCCUGUGGAAGCCUGUGGACAAAGCCUUGAAGGGUGAGAGGCUGCAGGGAGGGAGAGGCUGGGCUCUUUUUCAGGGUGGAGGAUU